UGGGCCUUUGGCUGUAGCGGGCGAGUAAGAGACUAUAAAAAUGGAAGAUAUCGUUGCGUACGUGGGAAGCUAAUCUCCCAUAGCAUGGAAAAUGAUAGCCCCUGGAAUUGCCCGGCCCCCGGAAUUUUCGUGGAUGAAGAUGGCACGUUGUUUGCUCCUCCACAUCCUUUUCCUUUCUCGAAACUUUCUCCGGCCGGAAGGCCACCCCUUUCUCCGCCUGCCUCUCCGAGUCCGAGCCUCCGGUCUGCGAGAUGCCGAAGGAAAGCUCCAAGCUGAACCGCUGGUCCAUGGCCCGGUCCAUCCGGUCGGGCCGGCCGCUACGUUGGCCGGACUUCCGGAAGAAGGCCGGCCCUCCCCCUUCCUCCUCGUCCCCUUCCUCGUCUAACGUGGACGAGAUCCCGCCGUCCAUCUCCGACGAUUUCGAGGAUAACGGCGAGGUGGCGGCGGGGAAGGCCAUCUUCAUGGUCUCUGACGGCACCGGGUGGACGGUGGAGCACUCCGUCAGGGUGGCGUUAGGGCAGUUCGAAUACUGCCUCACCAACCGGCGCUGCCCCGUAAAUACCCACCUCUUCUCAGGGGUUCAAGAUAUGGAUAAACUGAUGGAGAUCAUAAAGCAAGCUCGUAAAGAAGGUGCACUGCUGCUCUACACCUUAGCAGAUCCUUUGGCGGCCAAGGCUGUGGAGCAGAGUUGCAAGCUCUGGGGUGUACCAUCCACUGACAUACUACGACCGACCACUGAGGCUAUUGCUUCUCAUUUUGGUGCUGCCCCCUCUGGGAUCCCCCGAGGUGCUCCAGGUCGAAAAUCUCCAAUAACCGAAGAGUUCUUACGGCGUAAUGAAGCCAUUGCCUUCACCAUCAAACAAGAUGAUGGGGCACGGCCCCAAAACCUUAACCGCGCACAAAUUGUCCUUGUUGGUGUUUCACGCACUGGGAAAACACCCUUGUCAAUAUAUUUAGCUCAAAAGGGAUACAAGGUGGCAAAUGUUCCCAUUGUGAUUGGUUUAGAGUUGCCAAAGACCCUUUUUGAAAUCGAUCAGGAGAAGGUGUUUGGAUUGACGAUCAAUCCAGUUGUUCUGCAGUCUAUUAGGAACGCGAGGACUAGGAGUCUCAAACUUGAAAGUUUGAUGAGGAACAACUAUUCAGAGAUGGAUCAUGUGAGGAAGGAGUUGGAGUAUGCAAAUGGAAUUUUCAUGCAAAACCCAGUAUGGCCAGUUAUUGAUAUUACUGGAAGAGCAGUUGAAGAAACUGCAGCAAUUGUAGUGAGGAUGUAUCAUGACAGGAAGCAAAAAUGUGCAUUGCCCCGCAUUUCCAAACAAUGCUAGAAUGGAGUCUGUAGAUAUUUGUAGGCCUUGUUAUAAAUAUGUAUGCCUCCAUUAAAUUGUAUGUCAAAGCUUCGAAAGUUUUGGAAAGAUAUGUGCUUUAAAGUGGAGGCCGAGUUUUCCUUGAUCUUAUGGAUAUGUUGUCUUACUUUUUUUUCUUCUUUUCUCUCUUCAUUUUGCUAUCAAAAAAUAUUAUGAAAACAAUAUGUAUGAGGUAUUGUUUUAUUGAUCAAAGGAUAGGUCCCAUCAUAUCAUGCGCUCUCUUUA